AGAAUGAGUGCUUAGCUAUCUAAACGAGUGUGUGUCCGUAUAUGAGGGAUCUGUCGGCCUCGAUAAUCGGACAAACUAUUGAUCCACCUCGACUUUCAUCACCUCCUAUAAUUGCCUUUUUCGAGUGUAUCGCCGUAUGCUUCUCCUCUGGCUCUCACAGAGUAAUUAGGAGCUUUAGUUCCUUUAAUCCUUUUUACUUAAUGCUUUCACUAUUAUCAGUUGAUUAUCAUCAUUUAAUUAUCAUACUUCUCCAUGUCAGGCCUUCCACAUCCCCCACGAUUCAUAGAUCUUCCCUUAUCAAUUCGCCAACGGAUCUAUGAGCAUCUUAUUCCACGCGAUGAGGUCCAAUUUCCCACGAGAAGCUUGGCCAGACCACAUUAUUUUGAAAUCACAGAAUGCGACAGAAACUGCCGGAACUUGCUACUGGCAUGCCGCUUGGUUUACAAUGAGCUGGCACCAAUUGUGUACUCAACGAAACACUUUAUCGACCAAUACCGAAAUUCCCACCUUCAGAGACUGCAGAGAUUAACACCAACUGCUAUUCAGUCUCUUGUUAAAUUGACUAUUUUUCUUAAUGUCAGCAGCUGUGAGCCAGGGUGGCCAUGCUGCAAGGAGCGGCCAAACCAUUCUCACCCUGGUUGUGCCCACCAUGAUGGACCUCUCAGUGCAAGGUCACCGCACUACCAAGAAGUCAUUUUGGAAUGGCACCGCACUGUUGACCAUCUUGCACCAUAUAUUCAACCAUCUCGUCUUCAUCUAUACUUCAUUUGUGAUGUCGCUGAUACAAGUGCUGCUGUUGCUGUUGUCACGCCAUUAAUGAACCGGGGCCUUCCCUUACUUGCUGAGUGCAAUAUCCGCCUUAGCAGGGACAUUGAUCCUUCAAUCCAAAAUUUGGCCCACCGAGCGGCAGAACAAUCCACGGGCCAUUCAAUAAAUGUUGCUACCGAACCACAUACACCAUUCCCCUUUCUAUCUUUACCCGCUGAGUUACGACUCCAGGUCCUCCAGCAUACAGAUCUCGUUACGCCAUAUCGUCAAGUUGACUGGAAUCCCCGUGAUGGAUAUUACUUGCACUAUGGUGUGAGAGGCUGCGACUGGAAUUGCGAUCCUGAUGAUCACCAUGGGUGCCAGUUUCGACAAUGCUGGAAAAACCUCGAUGGUCAUGGGUGUUUUUGUUCUCGAUAUCAUUCCGCUUUCUCAAAACAUUGUCGGUGUUGGCGCCCGCCUAGCCCUCUGUUUCUUGUCAGCAAGGCCUUACGGGACGAUGCGCAAGAAGUGUUUUUCACGCAGAAUCGCUUCAUCAUUGCUCCGAUUGAUGGGUAUGGUGAGCCUGCAAAAACAGUUUUGGAGCGUUUUGAAGCAUCUAUUUUCUUGCAGGAUAUUAUUCCUGCACAUUUCUUACCCCGCCUGAGAUUCUUGGAAUUUGUAUUUCCACCAUUGGAUGAAGAGUAUCUCUCACCACGAUGCUCAGCACUCCACGAUUGGGAUAAUACAAUAGAUAACAUUAUGAAAAAGCUGGACCAUCCUAACUUGACACUGCGCAUUUACUUUGCAGACUUCUAUGAUGCUAGCUAUGCCUCGCCCUUCCGCAAGAAGAUUACCCGUAAAGAAGGCAUGACCAAAGUGGCUAGUGCAUACAUGCGCAUCGUGCGCCCUCUUGAAAGAUUGAAAGUCCAUGGACUCAGUCAGUUAUUUGUGCAUGCAGCCUGGCCGUGGUCGUGGACCGAAGAGGGCCGGAAUACACGCAUAUGGAAGAGACACAUUGUCGAAAAUGACGUAUCGGUUAUUGAACGGCGGCUGGAGAGAAGGGUAAUGGGAGAGGAGUAUGAUAGCGUGCAGUUAGGAAAAAAGGAGCUUGAGAAGAGCCAAUGGCUCAAGGCGCAUGAGAGGUCAGAAGAAUUUGCCUCGGUGAUUGACUAAGGGCUUUAUUGUGUUCAUGGACGGUUGUGCAUAUGAUGUAUACUAUAUCCAGCACCUUACUUUCUGGUCAUGAUAAUCUUGCAAAGUUGUUACAUUAUAUUCUUCAUGACUCGGGUGUUGGGGGGGG